UAGUGAAAGUCGUCGCGAUCGGUCGGUUCAGUUCGAAAGCGGACCCGCGGAUAUCAGUUGGGGUGUGAUUUGUGAAGUUCUGGAAGCAUAUUUGUGGUGGGAGGCUCUGCUUCGAUGGGAUAACAAAUCUGUGACUCAAAAGGACAUCGAAGCAGGCUAGGUGAUUGUUGGGAAACUGUGAAGAAGAACCCCCCUUUCGGAAACCAUGGGUUUCAAAACGUGGCUAGUGGCAACGGCAUUGUUGCUCGUGGGGUCUGUCGGUGCGUUUGACCUUUUUCCCGCGAACAGCGAGAUCGUGUACCGGUUGGAGGCUGAUGUGACGCUGGUGCCGGAUCUGUCGGCCAAGUCCAACUACGUGUGGACGAUGGUUGGGCAGCUGCACGUCCAGCGGUACGACGCCAGCAAUCUGGCCGUUAAGAUCACGCUGGACGUCGAUUCGGCCCAUCCCCCGGAGAACAACGUGGCCACCGACAUCCUGAUGGAACCGUUCCGGGUCGUGAUUGCCAACGACAGUACGGUGCUGAGUAUCCUGUUCAAGGAGCAUGAAACCAUCUGGUCCAGCAAUAUCAAGCGCGCGUUGGCCUCGUUACUGCAGGCCCACGGCGAUGGCCCGGGGGCGUUCGUCGUCGAAGAGCAGACCAUUUUCGGCAGCUGUCCCACGGAGUACUUUGUGGUGAACAAGUCGAAUGUGUUUGAAAUUUCCAAAACGUACGACAUGGACCGGUGUAACAUCUAUCCGGGUGGGAUUUAUUUGACGCGGAGUAACAUUCCGUUGAACUUUUGCACGGCCCACAAGCAGGAGCAGGCGAUAACGUCGCGGAUUGCGAACUAUAAGCUGCGGAAGGUUGAACCGUACCGGUACAUGCUGCUUGAGGUGGACGGGACCAUGCGGACGAAUGUGAGGACGUUCGAGUCGUAUCAUCCGCAGUUUUUGUACACGAAAGUUCAGCUGAAAUACGUUAGCCAUGGUGCGAUUGCUCAAGCGCUGGACGUUGUCCAGGGGAUGGCUCUGCUUUAUAGUCCGAUGCUGUUUAUAAGUCCCGAGGCCGAAGCGACCGGUGGCCGCAGUCCCAAGUCCAAGGAGAAGCUCGUCAAACGUACGGCCGACCUGUUGAGCACGCUGGCUGACAAUCUCGAGUCGGUAGACUCGAAGUUGAAAGAACCGUACGACGAAACGGUGAGUGAGAUCAUCCGUUUGAUGGGGACCAUGGAUUUGGACACGCUGAAGCUACUGUUUGAAGAGAUCGACUUGGGUACGUCGUACCGACAGGAAACUGCCCGGAACAUCCUGCUGGAAAUCAUCCCUCGAACGGGAACGGCCGCAACGAUCCUGCUGACUCGUGAGCUGAUCAUCAACCAGCAGGUCAACCCGACUACGGCGGUCCAACUGCUGAUCUCGUUGCCGUUCUACAUGUCCGAACCGUCGUACGAUCUGCUGAAGGAGUGCGAAGUGUUCCUGAGCUUCGGCGCGGACCGGCCCGACAUCAAGCACGCCGCCGUCCUGAGUUACGCGACCAUGAUCUACAACACAUUCGUCGCGGGCAAAGUGACCAAAGACGUGGUUGAGAAGUACGUCAAGAUCUACUUUGACAUGUUUUUGAACAGCUUCGAGUACGAGCAGCAGAUGCUGUACCUGCAGGCACUCGGAAAUCUGCAGCUGGAGAACGUGGCCGAGUAUCUGGAUCCGAUCAUCAAGGCCGAUUACGCCCAAAACACCGACAUCCGGUUCCUGGCGAUGUGGGCCACGAUGCCGACGGCCCACCUGCGUCCGAACCAGGUCUACGAGACGUACUGGCCCAUCUUUCACUCCAAGAGCAGCCCGCUGCAGCUGCGCGUGGCCGCCUUCACCAUGCUGCUGGUUUCGAACCCCACGCCGGGCCGGCUGCUGGGUCUGUACAGUGUCAUCAAGACGGAGAACGACCCGCACAUGAUCAACUUUUACCGCACGACCGUGCUGAGCAUCUCGUCGACGACCUAUCCCUGCUAUCAGCAUAUGAAGCAACUGCUAGCCUACAUGACCCGCCAGCUGCCCAAGGCUCCACCGUCCAAGUACUGGGUCACCGGCAACUACCUGUUCGACUACCGCGACCGCAAGUUCCACAUCGGAUCGAUGCUGCAGGCGCUGCUGAUCGGCAGCCACCGGACCGACCUGCCCAUGAUGGCGUACGUCAAGUUCGACACCGAAGCCCUCGGGCGGUUCACCGGUCAGCUUGGGUUCUACAUCAAGGCACGUGGCCUAACGGACGCCGUCAUUCACCGGUUGACCAACCUGAACUCUAGCUAUCUGAAGAUGGAUCGGCUUACCAGUAUCCUGAAGUCGAUGAAGAUGCCCGCGUCCAACCCGACACCGCUGCACUUUGAGUUUAUCGUUCAGUUUGAGGGAAAAGCGGUUCUUUCGUACCACCUGAACCAGACGACCUUUCACAACUUGACCGACGGGGAUUUAAUCAACCGGAUCAACUUCCUGCUGCGGGACAGCCACAUCAACAUGCAGAUCGUGCGGCGCCCGUUCAUGAUCAAGUACGCGCUGCCGACGCUGAUCGGCACGCCGGCGGACAUCCUGAUCGAGAACACGGUGCUGGCGACGAUCCGGGGCAACACGACGCAGCAGAUGAUGAUGGACCGGGUGGCGCGCAGCAACCAGGUCGACCUGCGGUACUCGUCGUACGCGGUGAUCAAAAUCCGCAGCUACAACCCGAUCGAGGACAUUGAGUACUCGACGAUCCGCGAGCAGGGCUUCCUGGUGUACAUUCCGAUCAACAACGAGAUCGUGUGGGAUAUUGCGAGCAAGUCGAUCAGCUACGCUUUUUAUCGGCCGGACGGGUUGACCAGCGGGGUGUCGCUGAAGAGUCGUACGAGGAAUACGCCGUCGGAUUCGGCGUUGAUUAUGCGCGAUCGGUUGGAACCUAAAGAGGAAGAGAUUGCUGGGUUUGGGUAUACGUUUGAUGAUUUGGGGAUUCAGUUUAUGGCAAGGGCGCACGAGGACUACACUAAAGACAACGUGAUGUUUAUGCUCGAGACUGACGUGCUGGACAAUGCCAAGGUUCUUUCGGGGGCGCCGUUCUCGCUGGUCAACCAUGUGCUCCGACUGAUUAACCUGAUUCAGCUCAACACGAUCCACAUCGGGCGGGACAAACACUUGACGCUGCUGGUGUCGAACCGGCAGAAGACCCGCCUCCAGGGAACGCUCAAGUGGGACGUCGAAAACUACUCCCGCCAGACGAACGUGUCCGAAAACGAAGUGUUCCGGGUGAAUUUGAUUCUGGCGCAUACGAUCCCCAAGCCGGAAGGAAGCCGCGACGAGGUCAAAGUGCUGCACAAGUGGGAACUGACGUCACAGUUCACCGACUACAAGAGCAACAACGCGGCCAAGUUCUUCUUCUCCGUCACCCGCCAGGAGUGGAACAGUUCAAGCUGGAAGCUAUGCCUGUUUGCCGACUACGAGCCGCUGGUGUUCCUGAAGCGUCCCUUCAGCCUCACGGGCCACCUGGCCUUCAACGAGACGCGCGUUCCGAAGCGCUGUCCCGACUCACCCCGCAUCACGUUCAACGUGUCCUACCAUCUGCCCAAGUACGUGCACGACUUCUACAACAUCCUCGACACCGGCGACGCAAACUGUCCCAAGGAGAUUCUCCGGUUGACGCCGCCGCCGUUCUCCGGGAAUUGCAGCGCGGAAACGUUCGCCCCGCUGACCACCGUGUCCGGGCUGGACGCGAGCUUCAAGUUUGAGAAACUGCCCUCCUGGAGCGUGAACCUGCUGCACCGGCUAGACCACCUGGUGUCGGCGGUCGUGCCACGACGUGUGCAAACCCUAAACAUCACCGACCACCUGGACGUGCACAUCAAGACGACGCGCUGGAACAGCGACACGGACAUCACCAUCAACGGGGGAACGAUCUGGAUCCCGACCCGGUACAACUACAACGAAAAGCUGCACCAUCCCAAGAAGAACAGUAUCGACUACGGAUUCACGAGUAUGUGCAGUCUGGUCAACAACAAGCUCACCACGUUCCACGACCGAAUCAUCCAGCUGACGCCGGAACUCCGGCAGGACUUCCGCGCCAACGAUACCUUCCUCCUGGCGGCGGACUGUUCCGACUCGCCCAAGCUGGCCGUCUUCAUGCUGGACAACGCCAAGGGCAUCCAGAUCUACACCGGUGGUAACUACGUCGUGUACGAAAUUGCCAACCAGCAGGAAACGGACCCGAUCCUGAACAUCAACGACGAGCAACUGAUCAACCUGCGCAACGUGGUGUACCAGUACCCGCCGGACGAGGAGAUCUACGACUUCCGGGUGUACCUGGACGACGAGGACGUGCUCAUUCUGGAGAAUCAACUGAACGGAGCGGUGGUGCAGUACGACCGGAAGUCCAUCGCGAGCAUCCUGCUGCCGACGGUGCACAAGGGGCGGAUGUGCGGACUGUGCAGCACCCGGAUUCAUUAGAGUAGAUGUUUGUGUAUUGCGAAACGUGGUUCAUGACCAUUUUGAUAUAGCUUUCUGAUAUAUAGUGAAUAGAGUUAUUUUUUAUUGUAGCAAAGCACGUGAAUAUAUCAAGAUAAUGUAUUCUUCAACCAAAA